GGUGCUGCUGUUGCAGCAGGGGCGGCCGCCGGCGGAGCGCUGCGUCCCGCUCGCUGGUGCCUGAGGCGCGCGGAGCCCGGUCCCAGGCGCGCAGCCGCUGGAGUCUGCCCCGGGAUCGCAGCGCCAGCAGAUGUGAGCGAGCCUGGCGCCCUGAGCCCCCUGCUCGCGAGCACCAGCGUCCGCCUCUCCCCGCGCAACCCGCCAGGCGCAGCGAUGUGGCAGCCGGCCACGGAGAGACUGCAGCAUUUUCAGACCAUGUUGAAGACCAAGUUGAAUGUCCUAACUCUUCGGAAAGAGCCUCUUCCUACAGUAAUCUUCCAUGAGCCAGAAGCCAUUGAGCUGUGCACCACAACUCCCUUAAUGAAGACCCGGACCCACACUGGAUGCAAGGUUACAUAUUUGGGGAAGGUAUCCACAACAGGAAUGCAAUUUUUAUCAGGCUGCACAGAAAAACCUGUCAUUGAAUUAUGGAAGAAGCACACACUAGCCAGGGAGGACAUCUUCCCAGCCAAUACCCUUCUGGAAAUCCGCCCCUUCCAAGUCUGGCUUCAUCACCUGGACCUCAAAGGUGAAGCCACAGUCCACAUGGAUACCUUUCAGGUGGCACGUAUUGCCUACUGCACUGCUGACCACAAUGUCAGCCCAAACAUCUUUGCUUGGGUUUACAGAGAGAUAAAUGAUGACUUGUCCUAUCAGAUGGACUGCCAUGCUGUAGAGUGUGAGAGCAAGCUAGAGGCCAAGAAGUUGGCUCAUGCCAUGAUGGAGGCCUUUAAGAAGACUUUCCACAGCAUGAAGAGUGAUGGCCGGAUCCAUAGGAAUAGCUCAUCUGAGGAAGUGUCUCAUGAAUUUGAAUCUGAUGAUGGUUGACUGAACUCAUUGGUGGUGCAACAAGGGCAAAAAUUGCCUAGGGAAUAGGAGCUGAUAGAUGAAUAAGCAACAACUGAUAUCUGGAAUCAAAGACUGCCAAACACAUGGCUGACCAGCUUUUUAAAUCAAACAAGCAAAUCAGUACCUAAAGCUAUGCAUCAUUAAAGUAAUUAUGUUACAUUGAAAUCUGCUGCUGAUGUAAAUGUGAGGAAAAAGCUCCCCUUCCCCAUUUCACCUCCCCAACCCAUUUGCCAUCAACCCUUUACAGCCUGGUAUAAUUCAGGUGUUCAGUCUGAAGUUGAUUCAGUACAGUUUGCCUUAUGAAACUCAUCAAGCAAUUUUAACAGUAGAUCCUCUAGGAUUAGUAGCUGGGAUCUGACGCUGCCAUGCAUCAGCAAGUGAAAAAGGAAGUUCUUUGGUUGAGAGAAAUGAAUCCAUUCCCACAUCAUACAGCAAAAUCUUUCAACCUUACCUAGGCUGAAACAGCCAUUUCUAGGCUUUUUGACAAAUGGUCUGACGUUCUGCAGUUUAUUCAUAUUUCACAGAUUUUUUUAAAAGAUGCUUAUAUUUACACACUAUAUCAUAUGCUAUCCUUUAUUUUAUUCAUUUUGCCUAUUUUCUUAAUGAACCUGCAGCCACCCGUCUCCCACCAAACAGCAUUAAUUACAAUUUCCAAAAUACUAAAAAAGGGGAAAAAACUCUAUAAUAGCUGGUAAUACAGUAAACAGUGAACCAGCUCCAUUCUUCCUGCAGAGAGUUGAGUGACAUGUUGCUAAGACCCAUGUUCUUUAACCAGUUGAACUGGAAAUUAUGAUCAACCUCAGGUCUGACAUGAUAUGAACAUGAUAGCCUUAACGCCAUAGUAGUCUCCAUCAGCAACCUAGUACAUAUAAUUUGACAUUGCUUGUAAAGCUGGGUCAUAUAAGCCAGAGGUGUUACCAUAAAUAGCACAGUGUCUGAUAAUUAAAAGGCACUGGUCCUUUCAGAGUCAGGUUUGAAAUGAUUUGUUUGUUCUGGUUGAGAAGAUUACAUUAAGCUAUCCUGCACUUUUCCUGGUCCACGGACUAAAAAGUUCGUAACUCAAAUAAAAAUAAAACCUUUGGUUCACUAAGAGUAGAAGAAUAGUUUGCAGGUAAUGCUGCUCCUUUAUACAAUUUUGUUCAUAACCAUGGUAAUGUUAGGGGCACUAGGGCACCUUACAGAAGCCUUAAAAGAAAGCUAUGUGUCUGUGUUUUGUGUGUGUCUAUAUACAUUGUGUGAAAGCACAUAUGUAUGCCUGUGUGUAUGGACAAUGUUAAAGCAUGUAGAUUGAGCAUGGAGACAUGGUGAAAAGGACUCACAGCUCUUGAAAAUAUGCUUGUUGCUUUAUAAUGUAUGUAAACUAUUCUCCAGCAUUCAUACUUUAAUAAAAAUAUGUUUGAGUUAAAGCUA